AUGGAUCAAAAUGAAACUAUUGACAAAAAUGUUACUUCAUCGAAUAAUGAAAAAAAUUUUGAUACACAAAAUUCCUUUCAAAAGACUUGUGCUAAAACAGAAAAUAAAAAGCCUAUUGAAACUGUCAGCAUUCCAAGUUUGUUUCGAUAUGCCACAACACUGGAUAUAAUCUACAUGUUAAUUGGUACUACAGGAGGUAUAGGCAAUGGUGCGACUUUCGCAGUAUUGCUGUUUUUAAUUGGAAAUCUUCUAAAUUCAUUUACUGCUCGAUCUACUGAUAUAUGUACACUUAAUUUUACAGCUCUUGCUAUUCAAUAUUGUCCACCAGGUUAUCAAUUAGUAGCAUCGAAUUAUUUUUCAUCAUCAUUUAUUUGUCAUUUUAAUCAAACUACAUUCGACUUUCAAGGUGCAAUACAGAAGCAAAUCUUAUAUGUUGUCAUCAUUGGUUGCAUUUGUCUUGUAUUGAGUUAUAUUCAAGUUACAUUUUGGAGUAUGGCAGCUGAAAGACAAACAAAAGCUAUUAGAAAAAAAAUAUUUCAAUCAAUUCUUCGAAAAGAAAUUGUUUAUUUUGAUAUACACAAAGCUGGUGAAUUAUAUACAAAAUUAACAGAUAAUGUAGAUAAAAUUCAUGAUGGAAUUGGAGACAUACUUGGCUUUAUUAAAGGAUGGAAGUUAACAUUGGCUAUGUUAUCUUUAUCUCCAUUACUAUUUAUAUCAGUUGCGCUCUUUUCUAAACUUGUUUCCAGUUUAACAGCAAUGGAAUUAAAAGCUUAUGGUAAAGCAGGAGCAAUAGCUGAAGAAGUAUUUAGUUCAAUUCGUACCGUUCUAUCUUAUAAUGGACAAGAACGUGAAGAAAAAAGACGAUCAUAA